AUGGUUUUCGGCCCUUCCAACCAAAGAUAUUAUAAUCUUGGCCAUAAUAUUUUGAUUUCAGAUGACUAUGAAAAUAAAAGAAUUUUACAAUGGUUGUAAUAUUUUUAUAACCGGUGGUUCUGGUUUCAUGGGUAAAGUUUUGAUUGAAAAACUAUUGCGAUCGUGUCCGGGUAUUAAUAAAAUUUAUAUUUUGAUGAGAAAUCGCAAAGACAAAGAUAUACAACUUAGAGUCAAAGAGAUGUUGGCAUUACCGGUUAGUAUGUAUACCUAACUAGUUGUUUAUAUUUGUAGGUUGUUUGGUUUUACAUUAUUUUUUACGAUUAUAAAUUAUAAUAACCUUUAUUUGGUCAAAUAAUUUGAAACUUGAUAUUACAUGAUACACAUGUUCGUUGGAUUUCGUUGAAAUGUUGUUUGAUGUCAUUAUUAUUUCCUCGAUUGUCCACAAAUACGAUUGUUUGUAUUUUGAAUAUGUUUAUAAUAUGUGCAUAUAUAGCAUACCAAAAACACUUCGUUAUUACUCCAUGUAAAAAAAAGCUAAGUUAGAAAAAAUUAAAUUUCGUAUUGAUUAAAUCUUUAAAAGACGUGAUAUAAUAUGGAAACUAAGUAAAAUGCCAUUUUAUAAUAUUACAAAUACCUAUGACGACAAAUAAGAUCAAUUAUAAAGUUAAAUACUUAGUCAACAUAUUAUUUAUAAAUUAUUAAUUUAUUUACGAAAUUCACUCAUAAGUAACCACUAUAGUGGUUACUUAUUUGUAUUUAUUUAAGUAUAUUUACACGUCCUGCCUAGUAUGGUUAAACAAUACGUUGAUUAAAGUUGGACGAACUUUGUUUGGAAUUUAUGAGGAAAAACGUAUAAAUAUCUGUAGUCCUUAUCAGAAUUACUACAAUGGGUAUAUUAUCUUCGUGGAUUAUUCUAUACAGUUGAUUUUAUUUAAGAAUAAAAAAAAAAAAAUAUAUUAAAAUCACGCCGUUUAAUAGUUUUCUGAACUAUAAUAAUAAUAGGUAAUAUAAACAAUUUAAAUGUCUGUUAUAAAUUAGAGUUGUUAUUUGAAAACCAUAAACAUUUCUUUUCGCGAAUUUAUCACCGUAAUAUAACUAACCAAAAUCGUAUACAAACACGUCUGAUAACAAAUAUAACCAGAUUAAUCGCCAACACACGCUUCUAUAAUAUAACUGGCAACGUGCCGGAGAUUGUUUUUUGACAACUGGGUCUCCACAGACCAGCGGAUUUGAACUUUUAAAGUGGUAUAAUGACUGAUAACAAUCGUUUAGUCUCUCGAUUCCAAAAAAGUACGGUAAAUGUAUAGAAAAUUUCUGAGUUUAAUAAAAAAAUAUAGGUAUAUUUUACAUACCACUGCCAAUAGUCACGUCAAGUUGAAUAACGGGCAGAUAAUUAGACGUUUUUAAAGCAAUGGCACUCAAUGAACAACUAUAAUUUAUUAGAUUUUAAAUGUUUUUUUUUUAAAUUUAUUAUUUUGAUACACAAAAUUUUAUAUUAUAAAUAGGUGGUUUGCAAAAUUACAAUUAUAAUUGAUUCAAUGAAAAGUAUUAUUCAUACUUUUUAUUCAGGUUAACAGGAAACAAAUAAAUUACGAUAUUAUUUUUUAUUUACAUCAUAUGCAUAUAGCUCAAUAAGCGUAGUAAUAAAUAUUAUGGUAAUUAAUCAGACGGUUCAUAUAUCGAACACCAUGUUAUUAUACAGUCAAUAUUAUGCAUUCGAAAAACAUAUUAUCAUGUCAACGCUCGACAAAAUCUGCCUAUUUUAACUUUAGGUAAUUAAAUAUCAUAGGAAAUUUUUUUUGGUCCUACUCCUGAUUGAAUACGAUUAAAUACGCAUGUUUCUAACUAAAACAAAAACUAUACGUUGUUGUACGUUGAUCCGUGGCUAAAUCACAAUUUUAGAUUUUAGUAUUUAGACUCGAAGAAAUAUUUUAUCACUUAACUGUGAGAAAAUAAACCGGUAUACGAAUAAAUAGAAAAAAAAAAAAGAACGCCCGUGAAUUAACAUGUAUAUUAUACUGCAGGCAUGCACACCAAUAUACGAGUAUUAUUUAUAAUUUAUUAAUUAAAUAAUAAAAUCAACGAAUAAUAUAUUAUUAUGUUCCCGUAAGGCCGUAAAUAAAUAAUUUAUAUCUAAAAUAUUCUACAAGUCUAUAAUUCUACACAUUAUCAAUUAUUUCCGUUUGUAUACAAAAGAAUUAAAUUUAUUCGAAAUUUAAUAUUAUGCAUUUUAGACUCUGAAUGGAGCGCAGAAUAUAUUAGUUUUACAAUGUUUAUUUUUUAUUAUAAUUUUUUUUUCUGUAGACAACUACUUUUCUACUAGUAAUUUCGCUCUGAUUUACAACGUUGACACUCCUUUCUAAAAGGAAAUCUGACUGGGGAGAUACUUCAAGAAGGUUAUUUUUAGAUUUUCCAAUAAAUAGGAAAACCAGAAAAAACGUAGGAAAAACAGGAAAUACGUACAAUAUUAAACAAAUAAUAUUAAAGAAAAUGUUUAAUGCAUAUUUAAUUAUUAUAUCCUAAUAUAACUGUAUAUUGUUGACAAAGCCACACAUCGUUAGCAAUGGUUUAUCUUUGCCUACAGAUAUUGAGAUAUACAUUAUAUCCCCGUAUAUAACCUACCUUACCAAUUUCCCAUCUACAACAGUGGCUGCACCCGUCCCCAUUAUCCUAGGACAGCGUUUUUAAAAGUUAAUUUUACCUACUCAUAUUUAAUACGUUAAAAUUUUAAAUACAAAACUACAGAAGCGUCGAAUACAAAGAAAAAUGAAUGUUUUCGGAUUAAUUAGAGACGAAGUCCACUAGUUAUUUGUAGAACCAUUUGAGACUUAUAAAACUUUCGGAGUAUAUAGCUUACAUACAAUGGUUAAAAACUUCCGUCAGUUUUCGAUAAAAACAAAAUGUUUAAUUCAAAUUUGUUUUAUUUUAAUUUUACACUAGCUAUUUGUGAAAAUUGACAAAAAAACUGCUGUUGAAAAAUUAGUUCCAGUGCUUGGUGACUUGUCCGAGAUUAGACUGAAAUUGAGUGAUGACGACUAUAAUACGUUAGCUGAAAAUGUUUCGAUUGUUUUUCACGUAGCCGCGACCAUUCGGUUUAACGAACCUAUCAAAAAUGCGAUUCUUCUAAACGUCAGAGGAACUCGGGAAGUCGUACGACUUGCUAAACAGAUGGUAAAUCUCAAGGUAAAUCAAAUUAAUAUCAGAUAUUAUACGUAGGUAUACAUGGAAUAAAUACACAGCGAUAUUGUCAUAUAUGUAUAGCACCGGACUGAUUUUUGCCAAUCGUGUUUAACAUCCAACCGGCCGAAUUAAAUGGAUCAUUCAUAAGGGGUACUUAGCAAUAUCACACAUACGGAAUUUUUGUGUCGUUGUAAUAGGUUUGGCCACUCAAAAAUCUGUCAUCUAAUUUUCAAGUUUAAACCUCCCUCGAAAAUUCAAGCCUAAACUAUAUAGUAGGCCACUAAGAUUAAAAAAAAAUCGCUCUCCCCUAAACAGCAUGAAAAACGAAAGGAAUUUGGAAAAUAUAUAGUUGGAAAUGUAUGUCGGUUGCUAGGAACGAAUAAAAUAACAUUCCCUACUAUUUUCAUAACAUUGGUUUAAUAGGUGGAUGGGGUCGGGGGGUAUACACAUUCAUAUAAUGUUUUUUACAUUUUAGCCUUUAUGCAUUGAUAUUUAUGCUACAUUUUUAAGAUAUUUCCAAAAUUCAGUAUAACAUUUUUUCUUGAAGUGGAGAUUAGAUUUAGGGCGUUGCCGUAGCGCUCUUUAUGUGGUGAGAUAUUUCAACACGAGUCUUUGAAGUUCUAGUUAUGCACUCAUGCUCAGUUGUGCAUUUAAGGGGGGGGGGAGCGAAUGACCCCAGUGGCAACAUUUUAACAGAUUUAGAAGCGACAGUUUUGUUGUGUGUAUUCAUUUUUGUUUUUAUCAUAAAAUGUACAACAUAUAAUAGAAUUAUUGAUUGAGUUAUCAGUUAGAACGCUGGAACACAAAUUAAAUUCUUUACUAUAUGAUCUUAAUUUUUGUACCUCUACUAUAAGCACAGGAAAAGUUGAGUUAUCUUCCAAAAAACAGUUAAAAAAAAAACCCCCAAAAAUGUCAAAUGUUUGUAACAGAUUUCUUUAAUUGUAUUUCAUAGAUAGAUGAUUUUAUUUUGAAUAAACUUUUUUCUACACGCGUUGUCUACACACUGCAACCCAAGUAAUAAGUAAUAUGUGAUAACAGAUUAUGGUAUCAAAUGAUUUUGAGUUGAAUGUAAUAUGAGUGAAAAGACUGUUAACGUAUACAAUUUACUUCUGUAAUGAUUUGGUACGAUUUUUUAUUUGAAUAUAAAACACUUCGAAAUAAUUGUAAACUGUUAAACCUUAUGAUAUAUACUUUAAAAUGUUAUUCAAAACAAGCAAGGGAUACAUUUGUCAGUAAUUAAGAAUGGGGAGGGAAGAUUUGAUGUAAAGAUUAGUGGGUGAAAUAUUUUGUAGGGGAAGGGGUGGAAAUAAAAUAUUUUUGCCCCGGGGUGCAUAUAUUCUAAAUGGGCCACUGUGAUCUUGAGCCAUAUUUGGUUGAUGGGUGCUUCUAAGUUUAAUAUAGACCAAUUUGUACUCCAUUAUUCAAAACAGUUACCAAGUUCAAAAUUAGCGACUAGACUGCGUCGAAGCGAUCGGUUUCGUACAUAUUGUAUAACUAUAUCAACUGAUAUAACAAGAAAGAUUAGUAACGUAAUCUAUAACGUUGGGAAAAUACGAUAAUCAGCGAUCAAUUAUUUAUCAUCGGGCGAAAUUACGGUACGUUAUAGAUGAGGAUAUCCUGAGUGCAUCCCGUUUUUAAGCUCGGUGCAAUACGAUGGAAAAGCGUGUUCCUUAAUCCUUAUCGGCGAUGCCCUUUUAGAUGUACGAUUGCACGCUCUGCAUCAUUUUUAUUUGCAUGCAACUUUGCCAAAUAAUACAUCGAUGGUGUUUUGUUAAAAGUGCGUAUGCCACUAAAAAUACUUUUUCGGUAUCCAAAAAAUCAGAAAAAUUAGGAACAUAAACUGGUAAAAGGGCAUAUUUAAUUACAGACAAUUAACUUGGUAAUGUUGAUUAAAAGAUUUUUUAUUCGCUCUUUUAAAAUAUAAAAUUAAAUCAACAUUGAUUUAUUAAAAGGGCGUAUACAACAUUUAAUGUAUGUAUAUUUUGUGUACAAGGUAUUAUGUGUACGUGUAAUUUUAUUGAUUUCCAUGAUAAACAUCAUUAAAGUUUUUGAUCAUAAACAGUUUUUUUGCUAUUUUUUCUGCUCCCUGAAAACAGUGAAAUUUAAUAAGACGCCCUUUUAACAAAACACGGCGUCCAUAUACUAUACUGUAUAUCUAAAUAAUAUAUGAACGGGAAUCUUUUGUUUGGAUUCAUAAGAAUUAUUUUGAAGACCAUCACCAUUUUAUUUAUUUAUUACUUAUUAUUUUUGAUAGCACACUUGUAUUGUAAGUUCCCAUAUUAUAAACACGAAUAGAUUAUAAUCGCUUAUGCUGUAUGUAUACACCUAUACACCUACUGACAGUCGUAUCCAUGUUUCAGUUGUGUUAAGUUAGUUUUUUUUUUUGUAGUGAAAGAUGUUAUUCUAAAAUGGAAAAUGAAAUUUUUUUUAUAAGUUCCGAGAGACGAAGAGAUUUGUUGAUAUACAAUGGGUACAAAAUUUCGAUAUAUCAGACAGCGGGCUAAAGGAUAUUAUGUAAAAUGGAAGUGCUGUAAAAAACAGUGCAUACCUCCACUAUUAACAAAUAAUAGUUGAGUUUUCGACUAUACUGGUGAGUGGUGGCCAUAACCAUCAUGUAGAUACGGUUCAAAAAAUUGAUAAGCAAAUUUUACGAGAAAAUCGAUAACGAAAAGCUGAUAAUUCCAUAUUUACUCGAUUUUGGCAGCGUCGCGCGUCGUUUCCAAUAUUGCGCGCAAUCGUAUUGCACCAUUUAAUUUUUACCUUUUUCAUAGCGCGUCUGCGGUCUUAUCGACAAAUUAUUUUGAAUUUUCAAUCGUGUCGAUGCUUCCUUAGGUAGGUAUCUAUUUUUAAUUUAUUUAUUUGUCUAAUUAAUAAUUUUAAUUAAUUAUAUUAAUUUAUCUUAUUAAUUUAUAUUAAUAAUUAGAUAGAUUAAUUAAGAUACUAUAUUGUCUAUUAAUAUUCGAAUAUUAGACUAAUUUUUGUCAUUUGACUAAUUCAUUUCAUAGGAUUCAUCUUAUUGUUUCGUCCAAAUAAGAUAAUUUUUUCCUUCGAUUGUAUCGUUAUAUACAAAAACAAAAAUAAUGGUAUUAUUAUAUCUGAUUGUUACAUUAAGGUUAGGCUAAUUAAAUCAUUAAUUCAGAUAAUUUUCAUCCGUUCCCCGCGUCUAUGAGACUUAUUUUUCAAUAAUUAAACGUGUAUCAUAUUUUGAACAUAUUUUAUAAAUAUCUCGUUGUUUUCAAUAUUCAAUAAUUGACGCAUUGAAAUAUAAUGCGGUCAAACUACAGUUUACUACAUAGGUUUGGUUUUCUUUUGGUUACUAAUAUUUCAUUAUUUUUACCUUGACGGCUCGUUACACAUAGGCGUUAGAUGCAUCAUACGUUACAUCUAAACAUUUUUUUACACAUCAACUGAACGAAUUCGGGUUGCUGAUGUACAUUUUAUUUUCCCGAAAUUCAACAAUAUUGCUUUCGCAAUAAUUAAUAAUACUCAUAUGAAUUGUACGUAAAUAUGAAAUACACAAAAGGAAGAAAAAUCUGACGAAUAUUAAUUUACGAGGGUUGUUCCAAAAGUAAUGCACAAUUUGCUCUGAAUAAAUAAGUUUUUAUUUUAAACUAAAUACAAUAUUAUAGACCUUCGAUAUAAUCUCCCUCCUUGUCUAUACACGAUUGCCAUCGUUUCGGGAGCGCUUGAAUGCCGCAUAGGACGCCAUCUUUGUUGAGUUCACGGAUCCUUCGGCUCACUUCUUCAUUUAGUAUAUCUAAGUUGGGAAAACGGAUCCCUCUAAGUGGUUCCUUCAGUUUUGGAAAUAAAUCAAAGUCCGGGGGACUUAAAUCCGGCGAAUACGGUGGGUGUUCGAGGCGUUCCCAUCCAUAUUUCUCCAAAAGAGCGACGACUGGUGCUCCGAUACGCGGCCGCGCAUUAUCGUGCAAUAUGGACACGCCAUUUUGUAACAUUCCUGGUCGCUUUUUACGGAUUUCUGGUCGCAAUUUUUUGGCAAGGAAUGUUUUGUAGUAAUCCCCGGUUACACUACUGCCAAUUGGAUCUCGAUCAGUGACAAUUAUCCCAAGUUUAUCGUAAGCAAAAAUCAUCAUUUGUUUCACCUUUGUUUGCUGGGUUGUUAUCAAUACUUAUACGACCAUCACGGAAUCGCUGAUGCCAUCUUUGCACCGUACUACGAUCCACAGUAUCCGUUCCACACACUUCAUUUAACGCGGCAUGAAUUUCAGGCACUGUUUUACCACGAAUCGUUUCGAUUUUAAUGUAUGCGCGUUGCUCAAAAACAGCAAUGUGAGCCGACGAAUUGUUCUCACUUUCGUUAUCGCUCUCAAACAUCACCAUACUUUACUAAAACAACUAAAACUGAAAACGCACGUGUUCGUUAGACUUCAAGCUACAAACUGAUACUAAAAUCAGCUGAUAAUAUCACAUUGCAAGCCAGCUAGAGCGCACUGUGCAUUAAUUUUGGGACAACCCUCGUAUGAACCUAAUUUAAUCUAAUGUAAACCACCUAAAGUCCCCUAUAAACUGUCAGCCUUGGCUGUCAAGUACGUUGAUUGUCAUUCAAGACUGACCAUAUAUGUGUAUGACUGAUAAUGACUAACUGACAAACAAAUUGUGUAACUGAUGCAAUUCAAACCAGUGGCUCAACUUGUGGAUAAGUUGGCAAAGUAGAAAUUUUGUGACCCCGAUAAAUCAAUAAAAAAAAAAAAAAAAACAGGCGUACAUCACCAACUUUUUUGAAAGAACCUAUAAAACCUAUGUAUGUGUAUAUGUAAAAUCCUUAAUGUUUCCGAUAUUUUUUACCUGUUUUUCGAGUCGCUGCUUAUUGUGAUUUCUGAUUAUAGUGAUCAAAAUACUUUCAAACUAAUGUGAUCACUAUAAGCGGCGGCCACUGUAUGUAUAUAUUAAAAAUCUAGGCUCACUCAUAACAGUAUUUCUAUUGUAUCAAAAUUAGAAUAUGACCGGAGUGAGUCCGUGCGCCAAAACUAUAUUUCAGUACUGUAUAUUUUUAUAGGCCUAUUACGUCGGGUAGGUAUUUGGAUUUGCGUGUUUCGUCUACUACCUUAUGCGGCUUGCACUUGUCCCUAGCAGUUGACUCGUGUAGGCACUUAACACGGGGCUGAAUAAGCUCUAUCACAAGUUCUCGUGGACACUAUAUCCAUCCAACCCUAUCGUGGUCUUCCUUUCGGUCUCUUUUCCUCCAACUCUUGGCCCACGACUCCAUUACUGAAUUCAUUAUUCAAUUGUCAAAUCGCCACCAUAUAAAUGCUCUAGACUAUUCUAGAAUUCAGUCUAUAGCCAUAAUGAUUUAGACCAAGUUUUCGUUUUUGUAUGCGUCACAACAUAUUUCAUUAAAAUAUAAUAUAAUAUAUAUAUGAAUAUGAAAUAUUUAAUGUCAUAGUCACUAUUGCACGUAUCGACAACCUUCAGUAAUUGUAACCGAGUAUAUGUAGAGGAGAAAAUUUACGAAUCACCAAUCAGUUGGCAAGAUGCAAUUUCAAUCGCGGAGCAUUUAGAUAUGAGCUUACUGGAAAUAUGCACGUCAAAGUAGGUGUACACAUUUUAGAAAAAGAGCUGUUAUUGCUAAACUAACUAAACAGAAUUUUCUCUAAAAAAAUAGUUUUCAUGAAAUUUAAAUCAAAAUUUAUGGUAAAAAACAAGAACCAAAAACAUUUAAAAUAAUAAAAUCGUAAACAAUUAUCCGUUUUUCGUAUACGUUAUUUUCUAAUAAUUAUUAAAAAUACGACUGUUUCAAUGCACUAGUUAGAUCUAAAGUGUAAUAAAAAAGGUGUCUUUUCAUUAUUUGAUUGGAACAUGUUUUAUGGCAGAAAAAUUAUAAUGGACAGAAAAAAAAGUGCAUAUAGUAAAUUCAAUACAUUCUUUAUAAGAUUUAUUCAAAAUCUAAAGCAUAAAUAAAAUAAUUAAUUUUCUAUAUUGUACUCUUUUGUAAGUAUUAAAUACAACUUAUCUAUCUGCGGUAUCACCAACACAUAAACAAUAGAAUUUCGAAAAUUCUUAUAUAAACAAGAUUAUGAAAUUUAAGAUUUGUUCAUGAAUUCUGUGUAUUACAGUCAUUGCCUUGUAAUUUUGAAUACGUGUACGUCACGAGUUGUAUACAUUCCAUUUUGCAUCUAUUUUGUAAUUUAUAAUCUCAAAAACUUUUCUAAAAAUUUGUAUGAAAUUCCUAACACGGAUUUUGAUAGGCACGGCACUAUUAAUGCCUACUAAAAAUGUGUAUUUAUAAGUAAUAAUGCUCUUGUAUGUUUAUUAGACUAUUAGGAUCGUUUCCGAAUACGUAUACAUUUACGAAAUUAUUGGCUGAGCAAGUAAUUAACCAAGAAGCAAUUAAUAACAGUAUGCCGAUGGUUAUAUUAAGACCGUCAGUAGGUAAAUAUACCAAAAUACUUAUUAUACUCGUAUGCUGUUUUAUACAAUGAAAACGGUUUUUUUUUUUCACUCUUUCACUCUGUACAAUCAUACAAAAAUAUACAAAUUACUGAAAUUAAUAAACUAAUAUUUUUAAUUUUCUCUGUUAACAUGGUUCAAUAAUUAUAAAAUGUUUUUUUCAUAAAAUUAUGAGGACCAAGUAUAUAUAAAAAUAAAAGAUUCUACCGUAUCUAAAGUAAAACAAUUGUGUUGUAAAAUACAGAAAUAUGUUAUCUACGAAAUAUGUCCUAUAUGUUUUAUACUAUAUAGGUAUUUUGCGAUUGCAUAUUUCUGUGUUUAAUAUUUAAUGCAUUUCAAUAUUCAUUUUAUAAUUAACAUUGUUCUGAGCACUUUUUUUUGUUUUGUUUGUUUAGUACUAUCGACGUUCAAGGAACCAGUAUCCGGAUGGGUAGACAGUCUUGCCGGGCCGACGGGUCUAGCUGUGGUGUUCGGCAAAGGCGUAGUGAACGUAACGUUAGGUAGUGUCAAUGAGGGUGUAGAUUUUAUGCCUGCCGAUUUUUCAAUUAAAGCGAUGAUCGUAGCCGCUUAUCACCGUGGAAUACAUAAGCAAGUAUAAUUUUAUUAUUAUGAUUAUGCUAAUAUCAACAUGAAGAAUGCUGUACAAAUCGAAAUUAAAUGGUUUUAUUAAAAUUAUUUGAAACGCUUUAAGUAUAGGUACAAAUAUAAAUAUCGCAAUGGAAUGGUGUUUAGCUAAAUACUCCCAAGUUAUCAUUUUACUAUAAUACGCCUGUAACUCGUAAAUUAAAAAGAAGAGAUAUGUGUUUGUACCUAGUAAAAUAGGUAAUAUUAUACUAAUAGGUAUAAUGUAAAUCGGUUGAUUUCAACUAUCCACUUUUAAGCAUCAUGAUUCCAACUAUACAGUCUUACGCGAUAAUGCUGAGAAACGCCGAUACGAAGAUGCGGUGAUGAGAGAGAGACGUGGAAUCUGAGAAGGACGAGUGAGCCAAACUGGAAAUUAAGAGGCAGCUAAUAGGAAUAAUUAGAGUAUUUGGGUGUGUGUGACAGUAUGUUCGUAUAGUGGCCGAUAACCCCAAGCAAAAGACGAAUUUCAAUUAAUUCGUUUUUGUUUAUUUAUUGACUAUUUAAAGUUUAUUUUGAGAAAGGAAACUGCUUAUGCUUUAUAAAAAUAAUUUCAUAUAGAUACCUAUGCAAUUUUUAUAUUUUUUAUCAUGCACUUUUGUAUAGUUCACCAUUGGACAAUAAACUGACAGUAUACAACUGUUCAUCUGUAAAUAAAUCGGUUACCAACAAACAAAUACUGCAGAUGUCUUUGAAAUAUAUUAAAAAACAUCCUUUCGAUGAGAUUUUAUGGCGACCGAACAUUUUCAUUACGCCUUGUUAUUUUAUAUUUUACAUCGUAACAAUUACACAUCAAGUUUUACCGUGUAUUUUUAUCGAUUUUAUACUAAGAGCUUUAAACUAUCCACAAACCAUGUAAGUAUAUUAUAAAUUAAUAAAAAUAUCGAGUUGAAUUAACUAUGUGUAUUUAAUAAGACUUGUUAACAUUUUAAUUUUAAUUAUUCGUUUGAUAAGUUAUAGAUUAUAUGCAUAGGCACAACUAGGGAGGUGCUAGGAGGUACUCAGCACACUCAAGUUUAAAAUUAGUACCCUCUGUUCAAAAAAUAUUGAUGUUACUAAAUAACAAUAGAUAAUAUUUCAAGUGAACAAUAUUAUUUCAUUACAAUUUUUUAAGAUAACUGAUAUUAGUGUUUCAAAAAAAAAAAAAAAACUUUCGUUCUUGUUAAACCUUAAAUCUAAACAUACUAUACAUAAGUAAUUAAAUAAAAUGAUUUGUUCUGGUAAAGUAAAUUUUCCAUUAAAGCUUCCACAUUAGCUGAAGUGUGAAAAAAAAAAAAUGAAUUUUAAUAACAUAAAUGUGGAAUGGAGAAGUUUGUGCUCUUCUUUUAUAAACAUGUCGUGGCAGGAAUGAAGGGUUUCAGGGAGAGACCCUUACUUUAUUAUACACUUUAUAUUAUUACUCUAUCCGUAUAAAAAAUAGUUCAUGGGCCUCUGCAGGUUUGUAUGAUGGGUAAAAUAUGUACAUAAUAUAAACAUGUGCGUUAAAUGUUGAACGUUGUUAAUACACGCAAUACAGUGUAAUAAUAUUAUAGCUAAUGCUUAGGUAUAAUAACAAUAUAGACUAAUGUUCGUAUCGUGUCAUUUCAGUUAUUUGAAUAUUCAUAUUAUUUUAUUUGACAUUACGAAUUAAAAAUUGAAACACAAUAUAAUUACCAUAAAUCUACAUUUUAAUGUUCAAUAAUACAAAUACGAAUACUUAUAUUGCACAUUAACCCACUAACGUCCGAUAGGAAAAUGGAAAAGUAAUUAUAAAACGAUUAUUGUCGUUUUAAUCAUUUAAAUCGGCGUGUUUCAGCAUAAUUUUAUUAAGCACCUAAAUUUAUCGUAAAAUAAAAUGUGUACCUAUUAUAUAGGUGUCUAACUAUAAUUUUUUGUAUUUUUAUCCCGGAAAAAUAAGUACGAACACGUGUUAAUUACCGUUGUUUUAAAACUAUGUUUAUAUUUCUGAGCAGAAUAUUAAUAUUUGUAACAAUAAAAGGGGGGUGAACUGCUUUUUCAAUAAAUGUUUCAAAUAAAAUAUCACUGGGCAUACAAUUUUAAAUGAUAGGUAUGACACGGAAAGAUCUAACCAUUUUUGAAAACUAAAGUAGUGUUUUUCGAAAGAAAAAGAACACAAACACACACACACACACACGCACAAUAAAUACUUAAUAUUUAACUAAUAACUAAUAUUUUCACCGCUACACUCAGAAUUAAAAAUCUAAUCUAGCCAGUCGUAUUAGUACAAUUGUUUUAAUUAUUUCAGCAACUUGGUAAAAUUGCAACAAAAAAUAUACUUAAUAACAAUAGCAUUAUCAUAUUUUACUCUACAAACAUGGACGUUCGUAAAUACAAAUUUGUUGGAUUUAAUUAAACAUAUCCCGGCUUCAGAACUAGAGGAUUUUAGUUUUGAAUUUGAACAUGUCGACACAGAGUUAGUGUAUCUAUCUCACCUUAUUGGAAUACAAAAAUAUUUAUUCCAUUCAGAUACCAAUAACAAAACUAAAACAAUUCAAAAAUUGAAUAGGUAAAGGAACACGAUUAUAAAUUAACUAUUUUAUUUGUACUUAUAUCAUAAAUUAUUGUAUUUUUCAGAAUAAUUUGGACGGAUCGAAUUAUAAAAUCAUUGCUUUUAGUUUUCAUAAUAUGGUGCAUAUCAAAAUUAAUUAUUAAAUAGUAUAUUUUAUUUUGUUUAGUGUUAAAAGUCUCAUGUAGGUCAACUAAAAUGUAUAUUACACUUUAUGUAUACAGAAUAAGUUGUAUACUUUUUUAAAUUUUAUUCAUCGAAAAUUUGAAUAAUAACUUUAAAAAAAACCUGUUGUAAACAUUAUCCGGUGUAUUGUUUUCAUUUUUAAAAUUCUAUUCCCGCUUUUUAUAAAAAUAAUACAUUAUUACUUAUACAAAACUAAAAUAAAAAAAACAUCGCUGUUUCGUAUUUCUUGAGUCUCAUCAACCAUUAUCCAUUUGAAAAUUGCGUUUUUUUCUUUCUAAUAUUGUAGUAUGCAAUGAGUAUAGUAUUUUUUGUAUUGCAGGAUAUCGAUUUUGAAACAAAUGGGGCUGGGGAGACUUGGAAAUAUACGUAAAAUUAAAUAUUUAACGAUGAAAAUAUUAGGGCUUAAAUUUGUAAAAAAAAUUAUCAUUUUUACGUUUUCGGGUAUUUAAGCGUUUUACAAUUUUAAUGUUUUACGUUAGUGUAUGUUCAAACAUUAUUUUAUUUUUUCCUUUAUUUUAAUUUUUCGUUUAUUUUUAUUAAACGUUAUAAAUAAUUUUGAAAUUGGGCAUUUUUUUUUUUAAUAAAUUCUAUUGUCAUUUUCACAUAACUUGCACCGAUGUAAAAAAAAAAAAACAACAUAAUUUUCUUUAAAACACCGAAAAAUAAUAAAUUAAUAAAUUACUAAAUAGUAAUUAGAAUUGUAAUUUGUCUAUUUAGAUUGAAAAUAUAGGCAAUAAGUAAUAACUUAUACAAUUAUAAAAAUUAUAAGACAUUUGAUAAGACAUCAUAAUUGUAAUCAUAAUUAAUAUUUUAUAGAUUUUUUUACUUUAAAUUGAAACACUUUACUUGAAAUUAUUUUUAAAAAAGUCGGUAACCUAUGGUCAUUUUAUUGUAAAAAUAACGAAAAUUAAAAUUAAAUAAUUAUAGUGAAUAAAUACUUCCUUUAGUAUUAUGGAAUAAAGAUAAACUACUGGUUAGUACCUAGAUGAAAUAUUGUUAAAACAAAAGAUUGGAUGGGUAUGGAAAUGACGAAAUAUUCAACUAUUUAUAUUUGUCACCUAGGUAUAAUACAAUUUGAAUUCGCAUAUUUAUUAUUUACACCAGACCGCAUCAAUUAAAUUGAACAAAAGCAGCCACUGUUAUAGGUAAUUUAAUGUAUACCUGUAAGCAACUAUAAACCAUUUCUAACGGAGAAAUGAUUUUGAGCCGAGUUCAGUUGAUAGUGAUGCUUUGCCAACAAUAUAUAUGUCAUAUUAUAGUAAAAUAAUUAAACAGGCUUUAUAUAUUUUCUUUAAUAAUAUUUGUUUAAUAUUGUACCGAUUUUUCCGUUUUCCCUUUGUUUUUUCCGGUUUCUCACAUUUGCUGGAAAACUCUUGGGAAAAUCAAAAAAUGGCCUCCCUAAAGUACCUUCUCAAUCAGAUUUCCUUGAUUCAAAACAAGUGCUAUUAUUGUAAAUUGGAGCAAAAUUAUUGGUAGAAAAAUUGCUCACUGAUAUAAAAAAAAAAUAAACAUCUUUGUAAAACUAUUGUUCGUUCCACACAGAAUCUAAAAACAAGAUAAAUUAGUCAGUAAUUAUUACAGAAAUAAAUUAAUACACGAGUAUACGAGAUACGAGAUACUCGUACUCCAAAAUGCCAGAUUAAUCUCAUCCAGUUCAAGACACUGUGUGUAUUCAAUAAUAAUAAUAAUAAUAAUAAUAAAAUGUUUCGGAAAAUAAAAUUUGUUAUUAAAACAGGUUAGCCAACAUUGAAUUGUUAAUACCUAUUAAACUAUAUGGUUUUACGUAAAAAUAAAAAAGCACUCACAUGAUUUCGAAUAAUGCAAUUUGCGUUUAUUUUUUCACAUUACUGCUAUGUUUAUUGUAUAUUAUUAAUUAUUAACUAUGAUUAAUGAUAUUAUAUUAGUUUUAAUGGUAUUCGAUUUUUUUUUUCCAUUUUUCAUUUAUUUUCCGUUCAUUGAUUUUGUCGAUUUUUUUCCGUAAUAACUUUUUGAAUCCCCUAGAAUAUAUUUUGUAUGAUAUUUGUGUGUAAUUGUGUGAUAAGUCCCGGAAUCCAUACCUAAUACCCAUCUCUUGUCGAAAAUCGGUUAAAAGUUAUUUAGCGUUUAGCCAGAUUCUCCCCAAAAUGAGAAUAAUACAAAAAAAUGUUUAAUUUAACGAUGCCACUAAUUAGUGGGCAUACCGCAUGCGGUACGGUCCUCGUUUAUAAUACAUAAAACAUGCAAUUUUCUCUAUCGAUAUUUUUUAUCAUAAUUAAGCAACAAACAAUGACAUUUUUAUUCGGUUGGUACUCUGUGGAUAAAAUCGUUAGACUAAACAGAAAUGUUUGAAAAUUUAACAGGAGGUUCAUUAAAAGUCGUACUUAGUGGAAAAAAAAAAUGAGUUUAAUGUAGUAUUUUUUUUUUAUAAAAGAGUUUUAAUAUUAAAUUUUCACGAAAAUCAUUUGAGUAAAAUAUUACGUGGAACAAAUCUAGCUACUGUUCCAUGAGAAUUUAUUUUUUUUUCGUAUUUUUUUGUUUUGAACAUAAUAUUAUGUAUAUUGCCGAUUUAAUAACGAUGGUGAAGUCAAAAUUGAGCGAACUGAUUUAGUUUCGAAUUAUAGCUUUUGAAGUUCUGAUAUUAUGCAGAUAUUAUAUGUGUUAUGUUAAAUAACUCAAUAUAUCUGAUAGAAAAGUUGUUCACGGAUAACGAAAAAUAAACAUUGUAAGACCAAUAAAUUCGUCGCUUCGUUUAGAACCUAAAAGAGCUAAUAUUUCUGAUGGAUGCGCCACUGUUGUAGGUAGGAAAUCAGGAAGGUAAGAUACAUAAAAUUAUAUAAUUUAAAUCUGUACGCAACAAUAAACUAUUGCUAACUAAUUGCUAACGAAAAACGAUUUUGAGCGGAGUUCGUUUAUACAUGUAAUAUUAACGAUUUUCAUCAAAUUUUAAUCGAUUUUAAAAAAAAUUUUAACCGCUAAUUACAACUAAUAAUGAACCUCGUGUUAAAUUUUCAAGCGUUUUAAACAAUUAUAUCUACAUAGUACCUACAAAAUAAAAAUUACGUAAACAACUAGCAAAAAUAUAAUACUUAUAAAUAACUCAAUAACCAUCUAAAUGUUUUAAAAAUUGUACGACAUCUUGAAAAGGCAAAUAUGAGCACUUGUUCAAAUUUAAAGUCCCUACGAAUUUUUUUACACUGAAUCAUAACGAAAUUAAAAAUUGUGAGACAAUUAUUUACGUAAACUUUGCCGUUCUUUCUAUACGUUUUCUUUCUGAUUAGCUCAAUUAACUAAAUUGAAAAUAAAAAUCCACUUUCAUAUUCGCCAACUAAAUCCAAAAUGAAACAAAAUAAGGUCUUUUGUUGUUUUUUGAUUUGAUACAGCAAGAUUUUCUGGUAAAAAACAUAAACUGUCAAAAUAUAGGUGAGUAAUGGACUACAAUAAGUCGUAUAUUAUUACAUUUAUUAUAUCCGAGAUAUUCUAGUUUACGGAUUUUGAUGUUUCCUCUUUGCUUCCUCUUUAUUUAUCUUUCAGACUUUUAGAGUAUUCCUUGGUUAGUUAUGUGUUGCAUCCAUGAUAAUUUGCUGAGUUUUCUACGAUAUAUUCUCAUAUUGAAAACAUCUAUUCUCUGACAGAUUGCUUUAUUUAACGUCCAGGAUUUGGCCUAAUACAACAGGAUAAAGAUAAUUUAACCUUUUUUGGAAUCUUACUUUUGCUAUAAUGGUGAUGUCGCAGCUUCUGAAAAGUUUAUUGAUUUUGUUGAAAGCUGCUGUAGCUUUUGCUAUUUGAGUUUUGAUUUCUUGGAUAUAUUCCGGCUCUCGUUAAUUAUUGUUCCUAAAUAAAUGUUGUGUUUCACUCAUUCUAUGGUUUGGUUCUUGAUCUUUAGAUCAAUAUUUUCUAUAUUUUUUUUACUAAUUAUUAUAAACUUUGGCGAUAUUAAUAUCGAAUCCAUAUCAGUUACUUAUUCUUGUUAGGUUGUCUACUAAGAUCUAAAGUCCUCUUAUACUAUUCGCUAAAACAAUCGUGUCGUCAGCGUACCUAUAAUGUUGUCCAGCUGUCUUUCACCUAUGUCUUCCACCGGGAUUCCUGCUUUUAUAUCCUCUAACGCAGCGGUUUCCAACCUUUUUUAUUCUACGCCCCAUUUGUAGAUUUUCAAAACUCUCGCCCCCCCUUCUAUAACAUGAAAAAUAUAUCCCCUUUUCGUGUACUUUACAAAGAAAUUAUAAAAUAUCCGAGAUGAAUACAUUCUUAUUUUCAAGGGAGCCAUUAUCUACAGUUCUCCACAAUAUCUGUAUAUCUGUACUAGUAUAAUAUUUUGACGAACAUACACUCGCGAUGACUACGUAUUACGACGACACUACGUGCACUUUGCAACAGCAAAAUAAAACUAAAGCUUAAUAUAAUAACCUUUUCACCAGGCGUUCUUAUCGUACCAAUUUAUUUACGGAGAGCGUGGCGGCGUGGCGACAUAAAACGAUUAAGUUUUGUGAGUUUUCAGUCAAUUAGUGGCCAACACUAAAUAAUUGUAAUCUUUAUCAAUACUCAAUAACCAGCCGUUAUUAAUUUUUCUCUAAAUUUUAAAAUAAAAAUAAUUUAAUAAAUAAAAACGUUAUUAAUAUUUUCCCUACAUUUUAAAAUAAAAAUAAUUUAAUAAAUAAAAACUGUAUUUUGUAAGGACUGCUUACGCCUCCCCAGAAAUGUUGACACGCCCCCCCAGGGGGCCGGGCCCCCGGGUUGGGAAACGCUACUCUAACGUCUCUUUGAAUAUUUGUUCCGCUUAGAUGUUGAAUAAAAGAGGUGACAGAAUGCGAAUCUGCUUUUUUCUGUUUGAUUCCAGUAGAGGUUUUAUAUGAUAGCUACGAGUCACGUUCCUUUCGUUUAUUUCACAUAUCUUAAGAAUUUCCAUAAGUUUCACUAGAAAGUGAUGAACUCUAUCAAAAACUUUUUGAUAAUAUAUAAACAGCCGUAGACAUCACAAUUAACAUCCUUGCAUCUUUGCGCUAGUAUCUACACAGCAACGAUUUUCAAUCUAAUUCCAACAGUAUUAACGAAACCAAAUUUAUUUUGUUAAAUUCGAGAUUCAUAAUUUGUAUGUAUUCUUCUAUCUAGUAUUUUCAGAAAGAGUUUCAAUAGAUAACUCAUGAGACUGAUUGAUGAUUGUACAGUAUUCACUAUGAUAAAUGCAUCACUUCAUAGAAGAAUAUAAAUUAAGUAACGAAUAGAUAUUAUAUUUAAAUAAUGGUACAAAAUUGUUACCUAAUUUUGGGUUAUUCGAAUUUUGAUGAAGCACUAAUAAAUAAUUUUUAAAAUUACAUUAAUAUAACCUAAUUUUACGACUGCGUAAUUAUUCUUUUUAUUUUAUUUCUAUUUAUCUUUAUAUUUUUGGAAUAUUUGUUAUAAGUACUCGUAUAGAUCCUAUAAUUUGUGUAAAUAUUAUAAUAUUAUAUUGUACAAAUAGCACAAUGAAAUAAUAAUUUAACAAUCAAAAGUAUAAAUCUAACUAAAUUGUAUUUUAACGUACUUUAGAGAGGUAAUAUUUUGAGUUUUUUCCAGGAGUUUUCUCAAUAAAUGGGAAAAACCAGAAAAACUAGAGGAAAACGAGAAAAUGUACGAAAUGUAGGUUAAAAAAUAUUAUGGCGUUUAUUAAUCCCGUGAACAACGUUUCUACCAGCUAUUUUGGUCUGAUUUACAAUGAUAGCACUUUUUAUUAAAGAAAAUCUUACCGGGGAGGUAUUUUAAGGAGGUUAUUUUUUAUUUUUCUAUGAGUUUUUCCGAUAAAUCGGAAAAACCGGAAAACAAUGGGAAGAUAAAUACAAUAUUAAACAAAUAUUAUUAAAGAAAAUAUAUAAAUGCCUAUGUAAUUAUUUUACCAUUAUCUCAUAUAUAUUGUUGACAAAGCAACACUAUCAAUUGAACUCCGCUCAGAAUAUAUUUUCGUUAACAAUAGUUUAUCGUGGCUUACAGAUAUACAUACAAUUUCUCCUCUACUACCUUCCCAACUUUUCACCUACAACAGUGAGUGAGCCACCCAUUUGCAAAGUAUGUCCGUCUUUUUCUAUUAUCCUUCUUUGAUGGUUUUUAUUAAUUACCCAAUAAUAAUAAUAAUAAUAUUUAUUAGACAAUAUCAAUUGCAUGAAAUAAUAUGUACCAUCGUACAGAACAUAUAAUGUAUGGUACAAUCAUAUAUUUAUAAUUAUUAUUUAUUAUGUUAUUAAAUACUGUACCUGUUGUAUAGUAAAUAGGUAUUAAAUAGGUUUAUUGUUAUUUAUUUAUUUUUUUUUUUUUUGUUUGUUUGUAAGUAACACUGUGAAUAAUAAAUUAUGAGAAGUAAAUAUUUUUUAUGUGGCAGUUCGUUGCGAAGACAUGGUUCACAUUAG